AUGGAAUCGCAUAUGAAGAAGCAGUGUUCGUUUAUGUUGAAACUGAUGACCAUGCUACCAGGAGCACCUACACUAGUGGAGACUGAGGCGACAGACGGAUACAUAGCUUCACCAAUUUGCGAGGCGAUCGCCAGGGUAACAGUCCCGCACGAGCUACGACUCCCUAUUUUGACCACCCUCUAUGGCGGAAUAUCCGACCCCUACAGGCAUGUAAACGUCUACAAGCAGCGAAUGUGGCAGAUCGGCAUCCCGUACAACCUGGUUGAACCUGUCAUGCACAAAUCUUUUGGAGGUACCCUCGACGGAGCAGCUCUGGAAUGGCUCAUGAACAUCACCCCCGGAUCCAUAUCCUGCCUUGCUGAUCUCAUUAACGCCUUCUAUCAACAGUUCUGUAGCAGUCGUCAACCAGAAAAACAGACGAGUGACCUCUAUCGGUUGGCCCAAGGACCAACCGAGUCGAUAGUUAUCGAAGCAUUCAAGAGAGGUCUCAUCCCCAAAUCGGAGUUGUACCGGGAGAUUACCAAAUAUCCCUACGCAACCUUCGAGGAGAUCAGAUCGAGAGCCACUGCCCAGAUGCGGAUAGAGGACGACGAAGUUACACGGUCAACAGCACCACGACCAGCAGGGGGCAGCAGCGACAGGCGGUCGUACACCCCGAGGAACAAUAGUUGGCGACAACAACCAUACAACCGCCAAAACCAGGUACAGAAUGUCAAUCAAUACAAUGAUACUAACAAUGUUUACAGGAAUGAAUGGGCCGAUCACCCUGACAUCUCCGAAUAUGGCUUCAACGUCGACAUCAGAGGCGUCGUCAACGCCCUUCAAAAUGUAGGUGGAACAGUCAUGUGGCCUAAAAAGAGCGAUAUGCCGGAUCCCAUUACAGACAUGAGCAAAUGGUGCGAGUUCCACCGCGACAACGGCCACAAAACAGAAGAGUGCAUCUCCCUUAAAAAGGAGGUUGCAUAUCUUCUAAAGAGAGGACACCUGAAGGAGUUGCUGAGCGACAAAGGGAAGGAGACAUACAACAUGGGAAAACUGUUAGCUAAAAAGAUUAACAGGGGAGAAUCUGGAGCCGUCAAAGAGGGGCAAACCGAGGAUGAGAUCGCACUCGACAAAUCCUUAGCAACUAUGUCAAUCACCUUCGACGACUCAGAUUCAGUGGACGCACAGCAGGAACAUCAUGAUGGAUUGCUCGGAAAACAUACUGUUCUUGGAGGCCCUAGAGGAAAUGGUCUCGAGGAAAAGAACAUUGUCAGGAGAUCGACAGUCUUGGUAGGGUUCAGGGGAGAAUCGAUGCGAACAGUCGGAGAGAUAUCAUUCCCCACACAUGCAGAAGGUGUCAAAAUCAUGACCAAAUUCAACGUAGUCGACUGCCCAUCAGCAUACAACGUCAUCUUAGGGCGACCAUGGAUCCACAAAAUGAAAGCAGUAUCGUCAACAUACCACCGGUCAAUCAAAUUCCCAACCAAAUGGGGUGUCAUGAAGAUCAAAGGACAGCAAAGGGAUGCAAAGAAAUGCUACGAAACCGCACUGAAACCGUCAAAAUUGUCCAUCUAG